AUUGAGUGCAAAAAAUAGCUUAAAGUAGAAAAUAGAUAUAAAUGGUUUAAAUAAUUUAAUUUUUAAGAUAAAGACCUUUUUAAAAUGGAACUGAUUUGAAAAAAUAUCAUGUGUGCAGAUCACACGUCGUAGAAAUGAAAGUUUCAAAAAACUAAGAUUUGAAAGAAUGAGACCAAUGCACAGUAGCAAGCAUAAGCAAGCAGCUUUUCCAAAUGAUAAAGUUGAAAAAAUGGCGAUGGAAAUAGGAUUAUCAAGAAAGGAUUUCCAGUCAUGUUUAAAUCAAGGAAGUGUGGAUUUAGAAACCUUUAUGGAACUAAGUGGCUCAGCUUUCGAUGAAGAUAAUAUUAAUUAUCCGCCAGAAAUGGUAAAAAAAGUAGGAACUGUCACAGCAUGCGUAUUUAAAAUACAUGGCGUGUUCCGUGAUUCCAAAUUUCUUACAAAUGAAUUACUUCAAUUGAUGAGUCGAAUAAAUGGUUCAAAAGAACCCAUUCCCCUUCCAAUAGUUAAUAUUAUUCGAAAAUGCUCUGCACCAGGCGACAGUAAUGAUGAAGAAGCUGUAGUUGCGUUUAAUUUCAUGAUUUGUUUUAAACAAGAAAUUAUAAAAAGGCGUAGGCAUUGAUUCAUAUAAUAUUGCCACAGAAUUAAAAUACUGUAAUAAAGUAGUUUCUAUUUAAAUGUGUAUAAUAUUCACAUAAUUGUGUUAUAGACAUUACAAAUAUAUUAUAAAUACACUUCUAUAUGUAAAAAAAAGUAUACUUCCUUCGAUUUAAAUUAGUCGCGCUUUCAUAGAUCAGCGCGCCUUCGAUAAUAGGAUCGUUAAGUUAGUGAACUGGGAAACAUAGGUUGGGAUAAGAACAAACCCUAGAAGAAGAACGAGCUCAGUCGAAGAAAAAAAACCAAUAAGAAUAGACGAAGAAAGAUAGAUAGAUAGAUAGAAAGAUAGAAUGUUAUAAAGACAGAUAUAUAGAAAGAUAGAUAGAUAAAUAAAAUAUUAUAAAGACAGAAAGAAUAAACCUAAAUUGUUGUUUCUCUUGUUCACAGUAACACAAUUUGGUUUUCACAUAUUA